AUGGUGAGAAACAAGUUCUGGUUCAGUUUGAGACCGAGGAGCAGGCUAUGGAAGCCCUCGUGUGCAAGCAUGCCACUUCACUAUCCGGCUCGGUACUUAUUCAUACAUAUAGUUCUCACACUUAUCAAGCUUGUAUCUGGAAACUCUGCAGGCACCGUCACUGCUUACUAUGUUUCUCAGUACUGUCAAAAGAUGGUGGUCUCAUUGGUUAGGAAUGGAAAUUGGGAGAACUGGAAGCAUAUAGAUAGUUCUUCUUUGCUUGGAAUUACAACUGCAAAAGAUGGUGGUCUCAUUGUCUGUGAUAUGCUACCUUGGUAA